AUGUUAGUGGCCAACAGAUGGAGUCAAUUGACGCUUACGUUCACCAUCAUCAUCACCAUCAGCAUCAGCCUCACCAUCAGCAUCGUCUCGCUAGCGAGUCUGCCUUGCGCACAAGCGGCUGCACCCUCCACAGUCUCGACGGCGCUGCUCACAGGCCAGCAGCUGCCGCCCUGGCUGACAGCAGCCACAAAAUCGACAGGAGGCGUAACCUCGGCUCCAGCACCGCCGCGCACCGCCCGCAAUUUGUAUGCGCCCUAUCAGAGCUUCAGUCAGCAGGACGACAUCAGCUUUAAGGAUGUGCGUCAGCGCACGGACGGCAGCAUUGUGCAGUCCUUUGGUUCCUAUCGUACGGCACGUCAAUCGCCGACGGCGCAGCGUCGAGCCGAUGUAGCUGUGGAGGUGAUACCGGCGCCAUCAGUGGAACUGCCGCAGAGCGAGCUCAUCACCAUACCAAAGCAGCUGGUGCCCACUACGCCGGAAAAUGUGACGCGUACGGGUCGUAAGCGCAACUACGUGUACAUUCCACUGCAGCAGGAGGCGAGUGAGUCACCAGCAUUGCUGCAACUGCGACCCAGUCGGAAUGCCACACUCGGGCAGCUGGGACCGCCGGCCGAUGGCGUUGCAGCCAUUGCCCAUGAGUUUGGCUCCGACCUGGUGGCCGAUCGGACGCAGCAGCGGGAUCGCACAGAACGCAGUGAUGUGCUGGUGGCUGCUGCCAGCUCCACCGACAAGCAACAGCUGGAGCUCGCUGAGCCUGAGAACACAAGCCGACGUGUGGGCUUUCAAUUUCCCAGCUAUAGCCUCAAGCCCGCCAGUCCCAGUCUCUUUCAUCCGCAGUCCUAUCGCGAAGAUAACCCGAUCUUCGCCGAGACUAGUGCCUUCGAGCAGCCGUACAGCGAAGAUGCCACACCCACGCAUUACGAGACUCAUGAGACACGCCACACGCGUCAGCUUUUCUACGAUCCAGAUGUGACGCCCACGACCUUUGAGUUCCCCGGCUUGGUGGCCAACACGAAGCCGCACACGCUUAACUCUGCCGUAGCGGGGGGCAAGAUCUAUCGUGAUGAGGUCACAAAGUUCGGAGACAUAAACGGACCGAUUACAGCCCUGCCACAGCGGCCUCAGCGUGGUCUGUACUUCAGCGAUACGGACUUCCGUACGGGUCCCAUGCGUCAGUUUGGCCCACAGAAGAACUUCAACGAGUACGUGGGCCCCAGCGACUACCAGGGAUCGCGCAAGAGCCGUUACUAUCCCUACAAGUCGUCCCGCAGUCCGCGAGUCGUCUUUCCCAGCAAUGACAAUGUGGGCACGACAGGUCCGAGUAGCGGCAGCGGGCCCUCCGGCAACGGAGUUUACUUCAGCGACAAUAUUGCCUUCAGAGACCAGAAUUUUGGAAUUAACGAACUAGCUGCUGUACAGGAUGUGCGCAAUGACUUCAGUCUACAGGAUCUGGACAGCGCCUCUGAGGCAACCAGCAGUCCGCAAUCGGCGAGCACGUUCAAGGAGAAGGUCGACAUCACAUCGGACAUGGAGUGUCAACAUCGCGGCGGCACUUGUGAGUUCUUUUUAGGCUGUUGGCUAUCCGGGGGUCUGAUACAGGGAACCUGCAACGGACUGCUGCGUGGCUGUUGCCAUCGCACAGCCAAGUCGGCGAAUCUGCGCAGCUCGGACUAUAUCGGCAAUACGAUCGAUCUGACUGAUCUUCCGCAAAAGAACUUCGGACCGGUGAACAACGAACCCAGUUGCGGCAUCUCGCUGGCCAAACAAACCGCUCAGCGGCGCAUCGUGGGUGGUGAUGAUGCAGGUUUUGGUUCGUUCCCAUGGCAGGCCUAUAUACGCAUUGGCUCCUCCAGAUGCGGCGGUUCCUUAAUCUCUCGUCGCCACGUUGUCACCGCUGGCCAUUGUGUGGCACGUGCCACGCCCCGUCAGGUGCACGUAACAUUGGGAGACUACGUCAUCAACUCGGCCGUGGAGCCGCUGUCCGCCUACACAUUUGGUGUGCGUCGUAUAGAUGUGCAUCCGUACUUCAAGUUUACACCGCAGGCGGACCGCUUCGAUGUUUCCGUGCUGACUCUGGAGCGUACAGUGCACUUUAUGCCACAUAUAGCGCCCAUUUGUUUGCCCGAGAAAAACGAAGACUUUCUGGGAAAAUUUGGCUGGGCCGCUGGUUGGGGCGCCCUCAAUCCCGGCUCACGUCUGCGCCCCAAGACGCUGCAGGCUGUCGAUGUGCCCGUGAUUGAGAAUCGCAUUUGUGAGCGCUGGCAUCGCCAGAAUGGCAUCAAUGUGGUCAUCUAUCAGGAAAUGAUGUGCGCCGGCUAUCGAAAUGGCGGCAAGGACUCAUGCCAGGGCGACAGCGGUGGGCCGCUGAUGCAUGAGAAGAAUGGACGGUGGUACUUGAUAGGUGUCGUUUCCGCGGGCUAUUCGUGCGCCUCACGCGGCCAGCCAGGCAUCUAUCAUCGAGUGCCCUACACCGUGGACUGGAUAUCCUAUGUCGUCGGUCUGACGGCAAAUAUUUAA